CAUUUGACAGAUCAGGCCUGCUGUCAGGCCAGUACAAAACAUCUCGUUUCGUGUUGUUGAAUUCGUUCCGCUUUAUAUCGUUACUAAAAACUGCCGCCAAAAGCAUGGGAAAUAGUGAUACGGACAGCACAACGUCCGAAUCGGACAGUUCCGGCGAGCUGGACGUCGGAAGUAAACGAUUCAAUCCACUGAAAGCACUGUAUUCCGCCAAGCUCAAGGUGCCGGUUCCAAAGGCCCGCCUGCACGACAAUAUAAGCUCGCUGGAAGGGAAGCAACUCACGUUGGGCGGCUUUACGGAAAAGUUCGACGAGGCACGUAUCAGACAGAUCCGAGCGGCCCAAAACAAGCCUAAGCUUGCAGAAAACGAAAUGCCACAGAGAAGGUUUCUUCCCGAGCAAGGGCCAGUGACACGCGUCAGGUCCAUCCGACACACAAAGAACAUUUUCAUCCGGCUCGAGAAAGGCUUCGAGGGGCCGCUGGGCCAGCUGCAGCGGUGGAUGGAGGGCCGGAACCGGGUGCGCGUGUCCAUACGCAAACAGAAGGGUGUCCGGGGGCACGUUUCAGGUGUGCUCGAGCUGUUCGACAAGCACUGGAACCUGGCGCUGAGCGACGUGUGCGAAACGUGGACGAGGCGCAAGUACCGGUACAGCGAGAACCGACAGCAUCCGGACAGCAUGGAAGCGCCGCGCGACUGUAGCGAGCGGUUGCGGCGGCUCGGGAUCGUGCUGCCCGAGCUGAAGGUGCGCCCGGCGGACGGGAAAAAGAAUGUGAUAAUCACCCGCAAGGUGCCUCAGUUGCUGGUUAAGGGCGAAAUGGUGGUGCUGGUAACGCUCGAGCCGGGCGAACCGCAGGCAAGUACUUCGAAAGGGACGAAAUAAAACGCACCUAUCUGUUUUCUGUAAUCGGAUAAUGUUACCAUAUGUACAAA